GGGAGCAGCUCUUGUUGUCUCACUCCAGGCAGUGAGGAAGAUAGUGGGAGGGAGGGCAGAAGUGCGGGGACCCUGAUGAUAGAGGCUAAGGGGGCUGUGCCAGUUGGCUUUGUUGGUUGUCUAUGAAGUGUGGACACAAGAACCAUGGAGAGCGCCAAAGAUGUGGGGGGAUCUGAGGUUGUGGAAGAAGCUGCACCUGCAGCAAGUUUGGACUCCUGGAUCCAGCGCACCUUUGAUCAAAUGUUCGGUGCAUCCUCGUUCAGUCUUCCCCUCCCACCUGGCCAGCCAGUGACUAUAUUAGCCGUGGAAAGAUACAUGGCAGACAUCCCAUCGCCUGGCACACCCACCCGGCCAACUGCUAGUGGCAGUCGCAUCCAUGUUGCUCCUUGGCCAUCCUACUGUUACGAUGUGACCAUCACGGAUGGUGUGUAUCGAGAGAAAUGUCUCCUGGCCCCUGAGUUGAACCGACUAGUACACAAAAAUGCCCUGCGCUGUGGCUUGCAUGUGGAAGUCAUACAGUGUUCCUACAUGUACAACGAGAGGAAACUUUGUAAUAGUUUUCUGUGCAUCGAACAGCUCAGAAUCGUGGGAGUGACAGAUGUGGACACUUCCCAAAGGCAAAAAGAAUAUAAAGCAAAGCCCGACAUGCCACUGAAGGGUACCAAGAAGCAUUACCUUUCUCUGUGGAAUAAUGAAGAUCCAUAUGGGGACAUAUGGAUAGAAAAGAAGAUUUCAGAGAAUGUUUGUGUCAAUGAAUCCAAACUAAUUUCUCUUGCUCAUCUGGAGAUGAAUUGGACAACAAAAAUGAAUUUCCAGCCUUUGCUUGUUAGAGUCUUGCAUAAAGCCAGGUUGCGGUACUAUGGAAAACCUAACACAAAAGUAGAUGUGCCAUACCAGGCUUACUUUGAAGUGGCAGAUCAUUCUGGUAUGAUGUCAAUGAUCCUGUGGAACUCUCUAUGCCUCGAAUGGUAUAACAGUAUGGAGAUUGGCACCGUGCUGCUACUUGAACAAUAUGCGGUCAAAACAAGUUACCCUUUCAAAACACAGCCAACUCCUGGGGAUUUGCAUAUGAAGAGAUUCUCUUCAAUAGAAAUCUGCUUGAAUAUUCGAGAUCCUCCAACUAAAAUUCACAUUAUCCCAGAAAAUAAGGUUAAAAAAGAGUGGAAAUUGCCUGAAGCUAUAUACCGUUUCAUAACAAGGUCAGAACUAGAUGACGUACCAGACAAUCAUUGCUGCGAUAUUAUUGGACUUGUAAAAUAUGUAGGAAGGACCGAACGUACCAGGAAAAGAGACCAUGGGGAAGAUUUCUGGAUCCAUCGUUGGGUACAUGCUGUUGAUGGGACCUCAGAAGAACCUUUCGUACUGGAACUUUUUGCUACUUCUCAGCCAGAGAUUUUUGAACAAAUUCACCCAAUGACAUAUUUGGUAUGUACUCAGAUGAGGGUGAUACGAGAUCGUGUUGAAGGUGGUUCCUGUACAGUAUACCUGACAACAUCUAAUGAAAGUCAAAUGUUUAUUACAGGGUGGCACAAGGGCCAGCCAUAUACAAAAGAUACCAAAGUGAAAAGCUUUAUCCAGUGGAUUAAAACUCAAAAGGAAGAUGAUCAUAUGGGGAAAACAGCAAUCGGUGGAUAUUAUCCUUUCCCACCAGUUCCAGAAACUUUUUCAAAGUACUGCAAAAAUAGUAAAGUUGAAUCAGUUUUGACAACCAUCAGUGAAAUGGAGAAGGAGAUUGAAAGCCUCCACUACAGGGAGCGCAAACGCAUUGCUAUUCAGGGGAUAAUUAGUGCUAUAAGAUAUGUCAGCUGUGGCGGUACAUCUCAAGAUGCCUCAGGAGUGGAAGCAAUACAGGUCAACAAGGAGCCAUUGUUCCAGAGUUCUGUGUCAAAAAGUAGCCCUCUUAAGGAAGGAAGGAAGACGUUUCAACAAUUGAAAGAAACGAAUUCUGUGCAGAGAUCAUCGCCAUCGGUGCAGGAGCAGCAAUACAGAGUAACCAGAAAAUCUGCAGCAAAGAGAAAGAGUGAGCCUGUAGAGACAAGAGACUGCCCUGCGGUUAAAAGUCCAUAUUUCACAAGAACAGCAGGCAAGAACAUCAUGCUGCAUAAAGACUUGAAAGAAAACUGCCUCUCAAAAAAAGAAAGUCAAGAAGUGAAAGAAUUAACUCAGCCUUCUAGAACAGGUAACAACGAAAAGUCUAGUGUGGCUGAAACAGUUCAAGCGGAAAGAACAUGUCAUAAUCCUUGGCAAAGUGCUCUCUGGACAGCAGUAAAAGACAAGCUAACACAACACUUGCGCUACAGCAGGGUCUUCCCAGAAAGCUUUCCCUGUAAAUUUGAUUACACGCACAAAGAGUUCCUUAUGCGACAAUAUAAUCUUCAGGCAACCAAAUGCAAGCCAAAGAAUUGGCCAACAAACGAAGGAACGGAUUGCUUUGAAAAUACUUGUCCCCUCGAAUACUACGAAGUGGCGAUUCUUGGCAUAAAUCAUGACAUAGCUGUCGAUGUUGCCUUCCUGCCUGUAUGUGGCCCAGAAGGUUCCCAUUCCUUCCAAGCAGAAGAUGUAUUAAAUGAUGCACUAUUGACUAGCAUGAGUGGUCAGCGAGAGGUCGUUAACAAACAAGAUGAAGUUGUAAAAGCAGCUGCCGACCUGGAAAAACAACACGUGAUCUGUAUCCUGGAUGUCUGUUCUUUGAGUGAAGAUAAAGUUGAAGUCUUCCUUAAUAAAGUACACAAAAUUCAGCUGUAAUUUGAUGUAACAAAACAAACAUAGGUUAAUAUUGACAGUGGCUUGAUGCUGUAAUUCCAACAGAGUAAUUUUUCCUGCAUUGUUUGAACAUAAAUAGCAGAAGAGUUUGAAUGUCUGGGAGUCACAAUAGAAAAAGCAGGAUCUUAGCCCCUUCAUAUCUGAGAAUACUAGAUUAUGAUAUAUCUCAUCCUCUGUCAUCGAUUGCAAGUAAUCCUUAGCAACUGGCAAAUCUUGCUCUUGUUUUGUUGGAAACUGAACAUGCACCAAGGAAGAAAUUGACUUGCUGGGCAGCUAAAUGUAGUGACAUUAUCAAACUUUUGUCUUAAUGGUAGCGAACAUCACUAACUGAAAAAGAUAACUAGUUCCUAAGGUGAAGCACAGGCAUAUGUCAGAGCUCCUUCCAAUUCUGGGGUAAGCAGUUCAAAAGAAGAAGGGGGGAAAAUGGUGGAAACCUGGCCCUUCAGCAUGCUGCUACAGGUCAUAUUCUGAAAUAGCAAAAGGACAACCAAAAUCAGAAGGCUUGGGUGAGAAGCGAAGGAAGUAGCUGCAACUGAUGGUAGCUUCUGUGAGCUGAAACCGGGAGGAAGCUUUUGAUUGUAUAGGAAACCUUGCCACUCUUGCUUCAAGCCCUUCCAUUUGCUAUUCCAAGCAGAGUUAUGAUUACAACUAUUGGCCAGUCUUUGUGAAGUUUCUCUCUUCCGCCAAAGAAGACUAAACAUCAAAUGGGAAAUGGUCAUUUUGUUCUUGUUUUAGAAAUGAAGUGCCAUUGGUGCAGAACUAGUAAUAUAUCCCGGGCGUAGGGUAUGUACUUCCUUUAUCUGAGUUUUUGCUGCUCCAUUAAGAUAACAUAACCUAUUAUUUAUAUGAAGUACGGGUCAGCUAGACAUAUUUUAAGGGAUUCAGAGAAGAUUGAUUGAUUUUUUGAUAGACAGCAGGAGAAAGAAAACAGCAGAAUGGGCCCCCAUAUUGCUGCAGUGUAGUACAAAAUGGGAAGAAAGUGUGUGCACGUGUGUAUGUGUGUUCAUGUAGCUAUGAUUUGUUUUUUAGUCGGAAAGAAUAUAUGCACAUAAUAGCCUUCCCCCCUCCCCCAAGUCCACCAUGGACCUUAUAUUGUGUUGCAUUGUAGUUUUGUUAUUGCAAUAACUUAUUAAUAAUUCUGUCUUGGUAUUUACCACAUCUAAAAAUUGUGUGCAUGGUGAAAUUCUUCUCAGAUUGUUCUGUAUUUGUACAUUGAAUAAAAAUGCAACUGUGAUACAGUUUUCUACAGGCAAA